AAUGUCAGACUGCUUUGGACGGCUACAAAGACUAAAGCAGAAAUGAGUAAACAAGUUCCAGGACUAUUUGAAGGACACAGGUCUGCCAUCACCUCCGGUUGUCAGAAGCUGUAACUUUAAUAGGAUUGUUUCCAUGGAAAUCGUGAAUGUUAAAAUAUUCAACGAGACUAACUGAUGUUAGCACUUGUCACCAUGGAGAUAUUACUUCGUGUUAAGUGUUUUCAGCGUCUAGCAAUUCCUGGAGCCAUGAGGUGCUUGCAUAAAGAUUAUACAAGAGCAACCCCUCAAAAUUUCUCUGACUAUGAGUCCAUGAAACAGGAAUUCAAAUUAGAGAUUCCAGAGUAUUUCAACUUUGCUAAAGAUGUCCUGGACCAGUGGACCAAUGUAGAAAAGGCUGGAAAGAACCUUUCCAAUCCAGCCUUCUGGUGGAUAAGUGGAAAUGGAGAAGAGGUGAGAUGGAGUUUUGAGGAACUGGGUUUUUUCUCGAGAAAAUUUGCCAAUAUACUUACAGAAGCCUGCUCCCUGCAAAGGGGAGAUCGCGUCAUUGUGAUCCUGCCCAAGAUCCCAGAGUGGUGGCUUGCAAAUGUGGCCUGUCUGCGAACAGGAACAAUUUUUAUCCCAGGAACCACUCAACUGACCCAGAAAGACAUCCUCUACAGACUGCAAACUUCAAAAGCCAAGUGCAUUAUUACCAAUGAUGUGUUAGCCCCACUAGUAGAUGCUGUUACACCUAAAUGUGAACACCUCCACUGCAAGCUAAUAGUGUCUCAGCGCUCCAGAGAGGGGUGGGGGAACCUCAAGGAGAUGAUGAAACACGCCAGUGAUAAUCACACCUGUGUGAGAACAAAACACAAUGAGAUGAUGGCCAUUUUCUUUACCAGCGGAACAACUGGACUUCCUAAAAUGAUCGGACAUACCCACAGCAGUUUUGGUUUAGGGUUAUCUGUAAAUGGAAGGUUCUGGCUGGACCUGACGCCUUCCGAUGUGAUGUGGAAUACCUCAGACACUGGCUGGGCAAAGUCUGCAUGGAGCAGUGUUUUUUCUCCAUGGAUCCAAGGAGCAUGCGUAUUUGCACACCAUUUGCCCCGUUUUGAGGCAACUUCUAUCUUACAAACACUCUCUGAGUUUCCCAUCACAGUCUUCUGUUCGGCACCAACUGCAUACCGCAUGCUUAUAGGGAAUGAUAUGACAAGCUACAAGUUCAAAAGCUUAAAGCAUUGUGUGAGUGCAGGGGAGCCCAUCAACCCUGAAGUGACUGAACAAUGGAAAAGCAGCACAGGACUGGACAUCUAUGAAGGAUAUGGACAAACAGAAACGGUGCUAAUCUGUGGAAAUUUUAAGGGAAUGAAAAUUAAACCUGGCUCUAUGGGAAAGGCUUCUCCUGCUUUUGAUGUUAAGAUUAUAGAUGAAAAUGGCAAUGUUCUACCUCCUGGGACAGAAGGCGAUAUUGGGCUUCAAGUUCUACCCAAUCGGCCAUUUGGUCUUUUUACUCAUUAUGUAGAUAAUCCUUCAAAGACAGCUUCAACUAUACGAGGCAAUUUCUAUGUCACUGGAGACAGAGGGUAUAUGGAUGAAGACGGAUAUUUCUGGUUUGUUGCAAGAUCAGAUGAUAUCAUAUUAUCCUCAGGUUACCGAAUUGGACCAUUUGAAGUAGAAAAUGCAUUGAUGGAGCACCCUUCAGUUGCAGAGUCAGCUGUUGUCAGUAGCCCAGACCCUAUCAGAGGAGAGGUAGUAAAGGCUUUUAUAGUUCUGCAUCCUGAUUACAAGUUACAAGAUCAAGAACAACUAAAAGUGGAGAUUCAGGAGCAUGUAAAAAAGACCACAGCACCUUACAAAUAUCCCAGAAAGGUAGAAUUUAUUGAGGAGCUGCCAAAGACUAUCAGUGGGAAAAUAAAAAGACGUGAACUGAGGAACAAAGAAUGGAACACAAUGUGAAUUCAUUCCAUCAGUAAUCAUAGAUUCUAUAACACCUGUAGAAACCACAAAAUUACCAGAAGGCCAUAGAAAUGUUGUUAGUAUGCUUUUAAACUGUUAAUUU